CGGUGGCGGCCCGAGGAAGCUGUAAGUGAGGGGGGGUUCCUCUGCACCCCCCCCCCCCCACCGCUAUUCAGUCUUCUCGCAGCUGUUUCACGUAGCCGGCCUCCUCGCUCUUCGAGCCGCCCCCGCGCGCGUUGAGCCGCGCGGCAUCGCGAGCCGCGCUUUGAUGGCGCCACUCGCACUGCUGCCGCUGCUGCUCGGACUGACGGGAAGCAAACCCGGCUCGUCCCAAGGCGUGUACGCCCCCCCCAGCGCGCGGAUCCUCGCGGGGGGCCACGCUUGCCUCCUUCGUGACGACGGCUUCAGCGAGUACGCCUACGUCAUCAGAGAGGGGCACUCCCUGCAGCUCACCUGCGUCGUCUCGGGGCACCCACGGCCACAGGUGAGGUGGACCAAGACAGCGGGCACCUUUUUGGAGAGGUCCCAGGAGAUGACGGUCUACAACGAGACGAUGCGGAUCAACGACAUCGGGCGCAUGCAGGGAGGCCGCUACUACUGCAAGGCGGAUAAUGGGGUGGGCGUGCCGGCGCUGCGCUCCGUCCGUGUCGAGGUCUACUACUUGGAGGAGCCCCGGCUCACGGUGCACCAGUACGCGGCCGCCACGCGCCAGUACUUCUAUGCGGAACGCACCGUGUUCCUGCGCUGCGAGGCGCGCUCCAGCCCGGCGGCGCGGCACACCUGGUAUCGCGGGGCGCAGCCUCUGCAGCAGGGCGCCGACAGCGGCGUGGACAUCUACGAGCCGCUGUUCACGCACGCAGACACGAACAUCCUCAAGCUGAAGAAUCUGCGUGCGCAGGACUACGCCAACUACACGUGUGUCGUGUCUGUGGGCAGCGUGUGCAACAUUCCGGCUCGUGCAGCUUUUUUCCCGCUCACGCGCACUACCGCUCCUCCCGUCCUGGAGCACCCCGCAUCGGAGCAGCUCGUGGUGGAGCCAGGGGAACGCGUGCGUCUACGGUGCGCCGUCAUAAAGGGCGACCCCAUCCCCUCAGUCACGUGGUCAAGAAGCCCAGGGGGUCUCCCUCCCACGUGCCUCAUUGGCAAAGACAACUUGACCAUCCAGUCAGUCCACGAGAGCGACUCGGGCACCUACACUUGCCUCGUUAGUAACGGUGUCGGGGGAGCCGUGCGCAGAGCCAUCAACGUCACAGUGAGAUCGCUCCGUCGGGGUCGCUUCUGGAUCACACCUGACCCAUACCAUGAGGACGACAACAUCCAGAUUGGACGAGAGGUGAAGAUCUCGUGCCAGGUGGAGGCCGUCCCUAUCGAGGAGCUCUCCUUCGCGUGGUACCGCAACGGGCGCAUGCUGCGCUCCUCCGACCGCCUCCUGAUCUCCAAAAGUGACUCGGACUUCGCGCCGGGCACCUCGAGCCUCGACAUCAUCGACCUCAGGUUCACGGACUUCGGGACGUACACGUGCACAGCGCGGCUGUCGCGCGCGCGCACCCUCAGCGACAUUAGCAUGGACGUCAACAUUUCCAGCAGCACGGUGCCACCCACGAUCAGUGUUCCUCGUGGCCGCUCCCCCGUGGUGGUGCGGGAGGGUUCUACGGCUGAUCUGCAAUGCAUCGUCUCCGGGAAGCCCAAGCCCGUGGUGCUCUGGUCGCGUGUGGAUCGAGACGCCCUCAUGCCAGACGGGGCCCCAUACACGGAGAGCCAUGACGGAUGUCUAUACCUCGCCAACGUGACGCGAGACAUGGCAGGCUCCUAUCGCUGCCAGACGGGCAGAUUCAACGGCUUCAACGUGAGCCCACGGGAAGCUACCGUCCAGCUCAUCGUGCAGUACCCCCCCGUGGUGGAGCCGCCCACCGCCAUGCUGCGCCAGGGCUUGGGCCAGAGCGUGAGCAUGGAGUGCCGCGUGCUGCGCGCGAACCCGGCUCGCAUCAUCGCCUACGAGUGGCGCUUCAAGGGCAAGGUGCUGGCGACGAGCCGCCUUGACUCCGGUGGGUUUCUCUCGAGUCACAGGAUCUCAAGCCUUUCGAACGACGACUAUGGGAGCUACUCGUGCAUCCUGGCCAAUGAGGCCGGCUCCACCAGCUGCGUAUUUACCCUGACAGGAAGGGCACGUGCCCCCGAAUUUUACUACGACAAUCCGUCGCCAGUCCACCUGCAGCAUCUCUGGGUCUACUCAUACCUGGUGCAGUGGACUCAAGCUGAACCCACAGCUGUGGACCCAGUCACCGAGUACCGCCUGGAGGUGCGACAGGGUGGGCAAGGCUCAUGGAAGAGUGUGCAGGUGGCCAUAGCCGACCCUGUGCAGAGAGGAGACCUGCUGAGCCACAACCUUGUGGAGCUCGCUCUGCCGCACGCGCACCAGCUACGACUCACUCCCUUCACCUGCUUUGGGCCCGGGGACUCGGCCAUGCGCUGGAUCCACUACUCUGAUGGUGAGGCUUUCUGUGGGUUUGAAGAGCUGCUGCUGUGUGGCUUCAUGCAGGACACGCAUGAUGACUUUGACUGGAAGCAGCGCCGUGGGGCGGGAGAGUGGCCGAGACCUACUCCUCCCCCCAGGACCCACAGCUCACCCGGGGUCCCUGGCAUCCCCGCAUCACCUCAUUUUUCUGCUACAACUCGUCCGUUUGGUCUAUCGGCAUCCCCAGCCUCUGCCACUUUCACUGACCAACGCUUCCAGUCGAGGCUGACUAAAUUGCGAGGUAACCUGAUGUACGCGGAGGCCUCGCAGCAGGGCCAGGCCGGCCAGCGAGCUCGUCUCAUCAGCCCCAUUUAUAACAUCAGUGGCAGCGGCACGAGUCUCAAAUCUGCCUGCCUGGAGUUCCAUUUCCACAGCCGUGGGAACAGCUCGGGAAUGUUGAAUGUGCUUGUUCGAGUUGGGCCCAAUCAGGACAGGCAUGUUUGGGUGUCCAAGGGCCGGCACAUGGAGGAAUGCCUGGUGCAGCUCCCUGUCAACCCUGCUGGGCCCUUUCAAGUUGUAUUUGAAGCAGUGAGAGGGCCUGGCGGACAAGGCAGCUUUGGGAUUGAUGAUGUGAGCAUCUCGGAAGGGGCAUGCCCACAGGAGAAACAGGAGGCAACUCUUAACUGUGCAAGGGGAGUGCCGGCAGUCGCCCUCUCUGCCUCGUGUCUGCCUCUGCUCAGUAUCGCCACCGCCUGGUUGACGCUUCGGUGAUGGGAGGACCAACACCAACGGUUUCCUUAUCGGACGAGUUGGUGAUUUACAAUGUCAAGAAUCCGCAUGAAUACCUCUGGACACCUGGUGGAACUCUAUAUGAGCAGCAAUGUAUUAUAAUGAAAUGAAAAAAUAAAUGUACAGCAUCAAUUCCUCUCACGUCACGAAUUAAGCAUAAUUCCGAGAGCAUGUGUGGGUUUUCAAGAAGAAAAAACAGGAAAUCUGAGCAAAGGAACAUCAAGAAUUUAGUGCAAGCAGGGCAUUUUGUGGCCCUUGUUUAAUGCACCGUGGAUACCCAUAUUUCCGUCUGGUUUUUGCAAAUGUUUUAUAAGACUGAUAGACACAAGAUUACAAGAACAAGUGAUAUCAAAGCACUUUUAUGCAAUGCUCCAUCAUUCCGGUUGGUUUAGUUUUCCUAAUUAUUGUUGUAUGCAAAGUGAAGCACAGCAUCUUUACCGUCAUCACAUCAAAUUUUAAAAUAUAUAUUUGCUAUUACCAUCUGCACGAUACACAUUUUGUAUUGUGUUCCUUUUUGUAUCCAGCAUUAUAGAGUACUGAACCCAAGUUUAAAUUUGCAAGAGACUUACCGUGUCCAUAGGCUCUCGUCUGUUAAGGGUUGCCGAGUGUGCAGGACGGGCUUUGACCACUGUAUGCACAUCACGUGUCCAAGACUGCCAGUGUACACCUGAAAUUCUGCACUUGAGAGACAAACUGGGCAGAAUUGUAACACUCUCAAACCCACUAACUCUAAGGUGGCCAGGAGAUAGCAAGUACAUUUCUUUGGUUUUUGCAUAUAUUGAGUGUUAUCCCCUCUUAUGCUUGGGUUUUCUCUGGAUCCCGGCCAAAUAUAUUUCAAUAUUUCCUUCCUGAAAAAUGAGCCAUUUCCAAAUCAAACGAUCGCAUUAUUAAUACUACAUCAGAAGAGGCUUGAGAAGCAGUGUGUGGUGGUAGUUUAUUCUGACAAGACUCACGACUAGCUUGGCAUGAAGCUUACACAUGUUCUAGUAUCAUUUUACCUGCAGCGAGGGCUUCAAACAAGGCAAGGCAGUGAAAUUAACUGAAAAUUGAGCUGUAUGUAUUUAUCGCCAUCUACGUCCACUUUAAAUGUAUGUACGUACAGUUUUGAAGCAAGAUUAUGGCUUACACCUGCAACGUGAUUCGUAUAAUGCCCAUACAGAAUGCAUGUCACACAAUUCGUAAAUAUACACUCUUACAGUCAUAUUUAUACUGUAUACCACAGUACCACUUUAUAUCAAUCAUGCACUGACAAACACAAUCCUCGACAGUUCUUCAUGGUUAUGUUUCCAGGAGUGUUGCUCCUUCUGGGCAUUGCAGUGGCAGAUCUGCACACCUUUCCACGCUCCACGCGUGUCCACGUGAAGAAAAGCGAUCCUGUUGGCAGAUAACUCCUGUGUGGCAGUUAGUAUUCAGCGCAGCUCAGGCUGGGCCAAUGCGUGCAUUUUCUGUGACCAUUUUAAAUACUGCUGUUUGUGAAAUGGUUGAAAAUUUAUUCUGUAAAAUGCAUUUUUUUUACUUCACUACCACAUAUGCUCAGCUGAUUACAUUAUAGUGGCACGCAGUUACAGAAAUUAAUUCAUAUAUAUGUUAAGUGGGCUCAAACGAGCAACGGAAAUGUGGGUAUAUUAUCUAUAAUAGUCUUCGAUUCUCAUAGAAUAAAGUGCAUGUGUCUAGGCAGCGUCUAAGCCUGGAAAAUGUCUUCAGAAAGUGUCACGAGUCAUUGAAUAAUCAAUUUAAGUACGCUCAAAAAAUUAAUAAACUCGCAUAGAUUUUCCUAGUUGUAAAGCACACAUCACUGCAAAUUACCGAGGUCAGACAUUUUCUGCAGUACACAUAGAAUUCUGUAACGAAUUCCAAAGUGCCUAAACUCACCAAACCAGAAAGCGACUUCCUCGCUCCAGGGGGUGACCCAAUGACGCACUCACUUGCUACACUUCGUAAAGAAAUGCGAACACACUCGGUGCCAUCGUUACACAUCGAUGCACACAUACACAGAGGCAAGUGUGACAAUGUAUAUAGUGCUGAUAAACCUGAACAACACCAAAUCACGCUGUAAUAUUCAGAAAAUGUGAACAAUUUAGUUCGUACGUUUCAAAAUAAAAUAUACUAAAUUCUACGCGUACAGUGAGGGAAAAAGUAUUUGAUCCCCUGCUGAUUUUGUACGUUUGCCCACUGACAAAGAAAUUAUCAGUCUAUAAUUUUAAUGGUAGGUUUAUUUGAACAGUGAGAGAAUAACAACAAAAUCCAGAAAAAUGCAUGUCAAAAAUGUUAUAAAUUGAUUUGCAUUUUAAUGAGGGAAAUAAGUAUUUGACCCCUCUGCAAAAUAUGACUUAGUACUUGGUGGCAAAACCCUUGUUGGCAAUCACAGAGGUCAGACGUUUCUUGUAGUUGGCCACCAGGUUUGCACACAUCUCAGGAGGGAUUUUGUCCCACUCCUCUUUGCAGAUCUUCUCCAAGUCAUUAAGGUUUCGAGGCUGACGUUUGGCAACUUGAACCUUCAGCUCCCUCCACAGAUUUUCUAUGGGAUUAAGGUCUGGAGACUGGCUAGGCCACUCCAGGACCUUAAUGUGCUUCUUCUUGAGCCACUCCUUUGUUGCCUUGGCCGUGUGUUUUGGGUCAUUGUCAUGCUGGAAUACCCAUCCACGACCCAUUUUCAGUGCCCUGGCUGAGGGAAAGAGGUUCUCACCCAAGAUUUGACGGUACAUGGCCCCGUCCAUCGUCCCUUUGAUGCGGUGAAGUUGUCCUGUCCCCUUAGCAGAAAAACACCCCCAAAGCAUAAUGUUUCCACCUCCAUGUUUGACGGUGGGGAUGGUGUUCUUGGGGUCAUAGGCAGCAUUCCUCCUCCAAACACGGCGAGUUGAUGCCAAAGAGCUCCAUUUUGGUCUCAUCUGACCACAGCACUUUCACCCAGUUGUCCUCUGAAUCAUUCAGAUGUUCAUUGGAAAACUUCAUACGGGCAUGUAUAUGUGCUUUCUUGAGCAGGGGGACCUUGAGGGCGCUGCAGGAUUUCAGUCCUUCACGGCGUAGUGUGUUACCAACUGUUUUCUUGGUGACUAUGGUCCCAGCUGCCUUGAGAUCAUUGACAAGAUCCUCCCGUGUAGUUCUGGGCUGAUUCCUCACCGAUCUCAUGAUCAUUGCAACUCCACAAGGUGAGAUCUUGCAUGGAGCCCCAGGCCGAGGGAGUUUGACAGUUGUUUUGUGUUUCUUCCAUUUGCGAAAAAUCACACCAACUGUUGUCACCUUCUCACCAAGCUGCUUGGCGAUGGUCUUGUAGCCCAUUCCAGCCUUGUGUAGAUCUACAAUCUUGUCCCUGACAUCCUUGGAUAGCUCUUUGGUCUUGGUCAUG